AUGCACCCCACAGUCUGCGCUGCAGCUGCAACGGGGGAUUAUCCAGCUGCGUUGCGGGACCCACUGCGCCCCACGGGAGCCUGCGGAGCCACCUUGGUGCCUCCUCUCGCAGCGCUAGGUGCUGGCGGCGGGCCGCCUGCUGCGAGCUUGCCUGCUGUCUGCUCUCCUUUGUUUCGGCUCUUCUGUCCCCUGACACUCCUUGAGGCAGACAGGGGAUGGCUUGUGGGGUGGGGGCUGCCGGAUGGAACAGCCGUUGCCUGCAGCCUCCUCCCGCCGCUGCCUCCGAACCUCGUCGCUCUCUUCCUGCAGCAGCUCAAUGAAAGGCUCCUCAAGUCAUCAGCCCCACAUAAACCCGAACAAGGCACAUGCAGCAGCAGCAACAACAACAGCAGCAGCAGCUGCGGCGACAGCAGCAGCAGCAGCAGUAGUAGCCGCAGCAGGAGCAGCAGCACAGGAAAGGAAGGAGAUGAAGGCGACAUUGUCUUUGACUACCACGUGCUGCCGCGGCCAGUGGAGCUCAUCGGUUGGUGGCGGGGACGCGACUUGAAGGCCACUUGCCCCUUUCCACAAGACGAGGUGCUUUUAUUGAUGCAGCAGCUGGGGCAGCAGCAGCAGCGACAGCAGCAGCAACAGCAAGAAGAGUGGGACAGAUCUGGGUUUGAGGCAUUUCAUAUAGCCAUUUGGCUGGAUCUCUGGUUAGAAGGGGCCUCAGGCCUUCCAGUGCCUUUGAGUGUCGUCUCUCACGCAGCAGCAGGAGCCAAUGCAGCUGCUCCUGCUGCAGCAGCAGCUGCUGCUGGAGGCACGCAUAUAGUGCGGAGCUCGGGAGCAGACACAGCAGCAGGGGAAGGCCCCCCCGUACCAUCAACAACCCCACAACAACCACUACCUGCUGCUUCUCGCUGUGUGGUGUUCUUGUAUAAGCUGCCUUCUUGGGUCAGCACCAGCACCCUUGCUGCUGCUCCUCACGAUGCAGCACAGGCUUCUGCUGCUGCCGCUUUCGUUCAGAGGCCAACAGCAGCGCGGCGUCUGCUGCAGCAAGUGGCUCGGGGCAUCGGCGCAGGUGGCCAGCAGCAGCAGGAGAAGCAGCAACACCAGUUGCAGCUGCAGCAGCGGGCAGACGAGAGCGAGCAGUUGUGCGGUUUCGAGGCCUAUCUGGCGCUCCUCAACGUCUCUGCUGCUGUAUACAGCAGCAUUCAGCAGCAGCUUCGUUGCUGGAGGCUGCUGCAGUUGCGUCAGCACACUGAAAAAGCAGCAGGAGGAGGAGCAACUGCAGGUUCGGCAGCAGCGACGCCAGCAACGCCAGCGGCUGGAGGCGCUGGGACCUCUCAGUGCAGCGCUGCGUCGCAGCAGGAGCAGCAGGAAGAGGGAGAGGAGGAUUUAUCUGAGUCUGUUCCUCGCGCUUGUUUUUCUGGGUGUCUCUCUGCAUUACGUUGGUUGUUUUGCUUUCUAUUGCUGUCGUUGGCGCAGUGUGUUGGCGUACUGUGUCGGGGUGUAUGUACACUGCGGCUGUGGAGGCCCCUCGCUGCGCCUGGCAGCAACCUGUGGCUUUCUGCCUCACUGCAGCAAAUUGUUAUGAGGUUUAGGAUAUGCGGGUCGUGGCCGGGGGCGCUGCGUCGCAAGCGGCGGUUUGCUGCUGCACUGGAAGACUGCAGCCUUAGGGAGCAGCAGCAGCAGCAGCAGCAGGCGGCUGCAGCAGCAGCAGCAGGUAAGCUGCAGCUGGGCGACACGUGCGUGCCUGCCCUUGUGUCUCCUCAUCCUCGGCUUCCCCGGCGGUCCUUGACGGGUGGUUUGUCUGUCUCCGCGUUGUGCCUAUACACCGGAAUUGCUGCUGUAGUGAUAGACGUGCUGCUGGGUCUCUUCCUUCCGCAGCUGCUCGCUGUCCUCAUUUAUAGGGGCAUUCCUGCUGAUGCGUGCUCACCGGAGUAUCUCUCACGCCUCAAGAACCCGCCUUCAGAGCCAACAGCUUUGCCGCCCCUUUGGCCUGUCUCUCUCAGCGAAGCAGCUGCUGCACAGCUGUAUCCAUUCCCUACCGAGCAGCAGGAGCAGCAGCAGCAGCAGCAACUGGAGCAGCAGCAGCUGGAGGCUGUCCAGGAGGCAGAACGAAGCGGCACGGAAACCGAGCAGCAGCGUCUCUUGCUGCUGCAAGAGCUGGGGCAGCCGCAGCAGCAACAGAAGGAAGAAGAUCUCUCUGGGGUGGAGGUAGCAGGAAGAAGCCGCAAGGCCCAGAACGGUUCGAGAGAGCUGAGCUGCUCCGCUGCAGCAGACACCCCGUCAGGGGCAUGCCCAGCUUCAGGAGGAGGAGCAGCAGGAGGAGGAGCAGCAGGAGAAGCAAGAGCUGUUGCUGCAGUGUCUCGUUCUGCUCCUCCUGCAUGGCGGGAGCUGAUGGCGGAGCCCACAUCAACUUUGCUGCUGCGGCUGUUCAGCGGGUGUUACUGCUUUUUGCAUGUAGAUUUACUUACAGCGCAUGUGCAGUGGCUUAUGGACUUCCCCGCAGGCCUCAAGCUGAACGCCAACUUAACUUGGGUAUUGGGCUCUGUUGUCUUGACGGCCUCUCAUUUAUGGAAUGACCUCACGGCGUACAUACACUCCGCUGUGGUGACUGCGGAGCAGCGCAAACAAGGUUUGCUGCUGCAGCUCCAGCAGCUGCAGCAGCAGCUGCACCAGCAGCAGCCGCACCACCACCACAGCCAACACAAACCACCGGGCCUCUUACACUCUCUGAACCAGAUAGGUGCAGCGGUCUCGCAUAUUCUGCGGUCAUUGCUCUGGCAGCAAGAGAGCGAGCAUCCGGCAGCUCCCACCAACCCGAACACACUUGCUGCUUCCCAGCCACCCCUCCUUGCCCCCAACAGCAACAGCAACAGCAGCAGCAGCGGCAGUAGCGGCAGCAGGGGUUUGUGGGGCGCGUUUGUAAGGAUAUGGAGCGCGUGCCACUUGUGGCUGAAGACAGGGCUGGGCUCACUGCUUAUGACGUUCCGGUUGGGGUGGCUGGGGCUUUCUGCGUCUCUGUUUGCUGCUGCAUCUGCGGACUUGUUGAUGGUGGGGACACUGCAUAUCUUCUACGUCUACCUGGUCUGCGCUAGGUUGCUGCACGUCAACCUAAAGAGUCUCCAUUCGCUCUUCCUUCUCUUCAGGGGACAGAAGUGGAAUGUGCUGCGCCGGCGUGUGGACUCAGCGGACUUGCAGAUGGACCAGCUGCUGAUUGGGUGUAUAUUGUUUACAAUUACAGUUUGUCUCUUCCCCACAACUUUGGUGUUUUAUAUUUCUUAUCUCCUUCUCUGGCUCCUUGUCUUCGGGUCGCAUGCGCUGCUCCGGCUCGCUGUCUGUCUCUUCCUUGCCUAUCCCACGUGUCUCCUCGCCUUCAGGGCGGCGGCCCCACACCUCCUCCCCGCCGGUGUCUCCUUCGAGCCUCUCACGGCCCUCAACAAACAAAGCAGCAGCAGCAGCAACAACAAUAGCAGCAGCAGCAGGUGGAAUAGUAGCAACAACAGCAGCAAUUGGAACAGCUGCAGCAGCAAUAAUGCUCGUUGCAAACUGCUCCACUCAGACAAACUAGACACAUGCCCACAGACACCAACCGAUGCCCCUGCUACUGCGUCUCCAGGGACCGAUCCUGCUGCUGCUUCUGCUGCUGCUGCAGCUGCUGCUGCAGUCUCCACACCUCGCAGCAGCGACAAUAUAUAUUUUAUGCUGAGGGCUCACCCCAUUUCUUACGGAGACAUCAUUUGGCCACCGGUCUUCGCGGCGGCCCGCAACACACUUACGUCUCUUCACCCUUCUUCCUUAGUCCCUAAAAUACUGCAGGGGGACAUCAUCAGGCUCUCGAGCCACAACUCAGCCUGGCCUUUAGCUGACGGCUGA